AGCGUCAACUAAGCAAAGCAGUCGAUUUGUCAGUCAAGUAUGUGGCGGGCUGUGAUUUAUUGCCUUGCGCUCACGCCGCUGGCGCUUGCCAUGGAAGAAACUGAUCCAGAGCUGGCAGGUGGUUACUUUCAAGGCGACAUGCUGCUUACCGUACACCAACGAACUAACUCUGAUAAACCAAUUGAUCUGUGGCCGCAUAAUACAGUUUACUUUCGCCUAAGCGAUGAUAUAGAGCACGAUCAGUUGGAUUAUAUAUACAAAGCCAUGACAAUUAUCGAGGACAACAGCUGCAUUCAUUUCCAAGAAGCUUCUGCUUCGCAGCCAUACUAUGUUAACAUUAGCACCGAUCAAUCCUUUUGCUAUUCCUCCGUGGGCUUCAUAGGCGACGUGCAGCAGCUUAAUCUGGAGUCGUCUCCGCUGGGCACAAGGUGCUUUCGCCUGGGCACUGUGCUCCAUGAGAUGCUGCAUACGCUGGGCUUCAAUCACGAGCACUCCGCGCACAAUCGCGAUGAGUUCAUUGAACUAAUUAACGAGAAUAUUCAACCUGAUGCUACGGACAAUUUCGAGAAGGCUCCCAAAGGAAAAGAACAUAAAUACAGCGAUGUCUAUGACUACAACAGUGUUAUGCACUACAGGCACACGGCCUUUGGAAAAUUUGCAGACGCUAUAACUAUAGUGCCGGUUCAGCCGGGUGCCGAUGAUAUGGGCCAACGCGAGAAGAUGUCUGCCAUUGAUAUUUUAAAACUAAAUGCUUUGUAUGGUUGUCCACUUGAUGAAAUAAGCUCAGAAUCGAAAUUAUAA